GGAUGGAGAAGAAGUUUAUUAUAGAGCCUCAGCCACAGACCGUGCCUAUUGGCGGUGUAGCCAGGUUCCAGUGCCAAAUUCAGGCCAUUCCACCGGCCAUGUACGAAUGGCAGCGCGAUAAAACUGUUCUACCUCAAAAUGAUAGGUAUUUAGUAUUAAACUCAGGUAUAUUACAAAUCACGGGUGUCAUAGAAACAGAUGCGGGUGUCUAUAGAUGUUACGCUACUCAGGGUCUACUGCACGAAUUACCAGGUCAUGAUAUUGAUGUCAAAUACAGCGAAGAAGCGGAAUUAACAGUCGUACCGGAUCGUGUCGGCAAGGAGAUCAAGAUAUUCUCAAGUACGAAGAAUACGACAGUCCUUGUAAGAAAACCGGCGCUUCUUGAAUGCCUCGUUCAGGGUUACACUGGUAAAGUUGAAUGGAGGAAGGGGGACAACAAACAACUGGUCAAAGAAAGCAGCCGUAUAGAGCGAAUCGGGAACAAUCUCCGUUUUGUCGAGACGGAAAAAUCAGAUAGCGGAAAAUAUGAAUGUGUCGCCGGGAACGUAAGAUCCCCGAUGAUGCUUAAUGUAAUAAGAAAGCCGGUGAUAACGGAUCUUACAUCGGGUCAGAGAGUUCCGAUGGCACAGUGGAUCUACAUGGAGUGUCACGCUGAUGGUGAUCCCAAACCAAGAAUUACAUGGUAUAAAGAUGGCGAGAAAAUUGAUUUUAACAACAAUUAUAACUACAAGAAUCCAAAAGAGAAUCAGCUAGCCAUUACAUUGAGUCAGCAGUAUAACUCGGGAUAUUAUCAGUGUGUAGCCAGUAACGAGGCCGGAUCAGUGUCGGCACUUACACGAGUACAAGUCUUCAAACAAGAACACUCGCCAAAUAAGCCUACAAACUUGACGGCUGUUGACGUGACCAGUACUUCCAUUUUGUUGACAUGGCAACCAGCUGAGGCAGCCACUAAUCAUAGAAUUCUUGCAUAUACAGUUCACUAUAGAAGGGACGGUGGACCUAGAGACGAAGUCGUGACAACUCGGACGGAGAUAUCUUUGGAAAAUUUAUCCCCAUAUUCAAAUUACAUCAUCUAUGUAACGGCCUACUCGAGUACAGGCCAGGGUCCAGCCUCAGAAAAUCUUGUUGUUAGAACUGCUGAGGACAAGCCCAGCAGACCGCCUAUGGUGACACUCGAGCCUCAAGUUCGAGCCAUUGAAGUCACGUGGCAACCGUUGCCGGUAAAGUACAACAAUGGGAUCAUCACACAGUAUCAGAUCUUCGUGCGACAGAGUGGUUCCCCUUCCACUGAAGUUAUAAAGACGGGAAUCAGUGGCACCGCUACCUCACAUUUGAUAACAGGUCUUGAACCAGAGACUGAGUAUGAGGUAAGGAUGCUAGCUGGCACAUCUGUGGGCUUCAGGGAGCGUUUUCCGGAGGAAUUGUGGCCUUGGGUAUCAGUGACUACCCUCAGUGAUUCCUAUAUAAUCGCCCCAAAUGUGCAGAUUUUACCUCUCAACAACACUGCUAUCAAUGUGACCUGGACUUACGCAGAUAUGUUCUCGGUCAAACAGUUUGUAGUACAGUUAGAGGAAAUACCCACCCGUAGUAUCCUGAAAAAGGAAACUCUUGCAGCCAUUCAAAGAUAUACCAUUUUCUCUCAGUUAGAUAAGAAUGCCGUUUAUGAAGUGAAAGUGGUUGUGCACACAAUUAAUGGCCUGAAGUCGGAAGCUGUAGAGGAGUUCUCUUCCCUUGACGUAUUAAAAGCACCCGGUCCCGUAAACCUGAAUGUCGUAACGCGCUCACCUGACAGCAUUAGUUUAGAAUGGGAGGAACCCACGGCGGAUAUAGAAAUUAUGUAUUUUACUGUAAGGUAUCAGCAAGUGGGAACAACUAACUAUAAAUUUGUCAACAGUAAUACAAACAGUGCGCUGUUAGAGAAUCUGAAACCGUUCACAGAGUACGAGAUCUCUGUGCGUGCAAACGGCGAGAAACUAGUGAGUGAAUAUAGUGACACACUGAAAGUAUACACAGAAUCAGGACUGCCUUCAGAACCAUUGAGUGUACAAAUACAGACUGUAAAGCCUGGAAAAAUCCUCGUAAACUGGCUCCCUCCGGCACAGCCCAAUGGACAGAUUAAGUCUUACACGAUAAUGUACACGGACGUGCCCAGUGAGACUGACGAUUUGUGGAUUCGUGUGGAGAAGAACGGUUCAGAAAACAGUGCUCAGAUCACCAUCUCUGAUACAUCUGGGCAACUGUAUUACUUCAAGCUUCACGCAAGCACCGAUGUUGGUGCGGGGAAAACCACUCCGCAAUUCCCUGUCAAUCCGUCGGAAACUGCGACACCUGGAAGUAGUGCCGACAGUAAGAAGGAAGAUAAGAAGCUCGGAAUCAUCAUUGGCAUUAGCAUUGGUGUAUUCUGCAUCAUCAUCUGCGUAAUCAUUAUCCUGCUGCGACAAAAAUGUUAUGGAAGUAGCAACAAUCAGCAGCCUCAGACACAGCCAGCUCGUUACCACGGCAACGGACAUAUCCCAGGCAAUGGUAACGGUCACGCCAUCUACAUGCAAGAGAGUCACGCGACGGUUGGUGGGGUGCUGGAAAUGGACGCGUACACCCCAAUGCUGAAUCAUCUCCCGGAGAAUGAACAAUCCGACUCAAAGGGCGGCGGAGAUAGCAACGUCAUACUGACGCCUAAUGGAGCAAAGUUAAACGGGUUUCCAUUGAAACAUAAUGGUAUUUUGAAUGGACAGAUCCAGAAUGGUCACAUGACCUCCCUUCUUGACAGCCAGUAUAAGCAGGAGAAGAGUGGCCUGCUUGCGGCAAUGAUGUCAGGAGGUCACGAGCCUUGUAUGGCGCACGUCGAGGAGGAAGGUUUUCCGACAAGCCGUUCGGAAGACUUUGGAUCACUAGAUAACAUUGAUACGGGUAGCUCUGAAGAUGUCAUUCAUAAAAUAUCGGGAAAGGAGUUAGAGAAUAGUGGUGAAGACAGUGGAGAAGGCAGUUUGACUGCCAGUAAUAGAACUUCGUCAGAGUACGGCAGUUCUAUUCCUCGGUCGGAUACAACCGAUACUGGUGAUACAGUAGUGCAUUGUGGGUCAUCAUCUCGUCAUGAUACGGGAUUAGGUGGCGAGCUGUAUACCGGUGAAAGAGACAGAAAUGACUUGCCAAUCAAUAUACCUCAGUCGUCGCCAAUGUGCGAGGAUACAUGUCACGAUGGCGGGACAUCUUUAAAUGUUCAGGAAUCGCGCGCAGUUUCGGGUUCAGUUUUACCUCAUGAUGGUGACGUAACGGUAUCGUUCUCGCCACCAACCAUUGCUACCUCAAAUUCACUUUCUCAGGCUAUUAGAAAGACUGACACUUCAGGGGCCGGCGAACCAUGCCAGGUCGCUCGUAACGAGCAUGACACGGCUGUGCCUCAGGUCAUUUGUAACGGUUCGCCACCAGGAAUUAGUGCGCAGUCAGAAAGGCGACGGCACCCUGCGAGCAAUGGUGUCCCGCCUCAAAUGUAUGCGCCAACAGUGGUGAACAGAUUUCCGGUAAAUUCAAACGGGAUUCCGCCACAAAUGAACACUGCGGACAAUGUGGUCAUUUGCCGACCUCAGGGACAUUUUAACAGACUCAGUUCGGCAGAAAACAAUCCCAACCAAUCACAGACCUCAAACGGGGCGGAAAUUUUUGUUGAUUCAACAAUACCUCAGGAGACAAGGCGGUCAACUAAGCAUGACGCGUCGCCUCGCAACGGUCACUUUCAAAUUUAACUCUGGAAUAUUAUAAAAAUACAUCAGACCUCAGAUAAAUUGCACAAAAUUCAGUUGUUUUUUUUUUAUUGAACAAAAAAGAAAAAGUUCUUUAUUUUCGUGCCGCGUUUACCUCUCUUUAAAUGCUGAUACCUCAUUUUACAUAUAUAAACCUGGAAAGUCUCGUGCAUCGCAAAGAGUCGUGACAGUGAGCUCCCUUAUAUUCAGUGAAUUUUAUGCGGGUACUUUUAGAUAAUGUGUUUUUUCUUUUUAUUUAGUGUAUUGCACAUUAUUGUAAAUCCUUUGUAUUGUAUGGAAGACAUUUUAUUGCGAAAUACGUGUGAAAGUUUAUAUAUAUAUAUAUAUACAUUAACAUAUAUAUAUAUAUGUAUAUAAAUAUGUAUACAAAGCAUCAGAAGUGCUAAGAAAAAUAAUUAUGUUGUUAAGAAAUGCAGAGAUGGACUGCUAACGUGUAUUAUUAUUAAGCCCAGUGGUUUUUUUUUUUUUUUUUAAUAUGUAUAUUGUUAUUGGAUGGGAAUUUGUUUAUUUGUUCUACAUGUCGUUUGUAACGAAUCACCAUCUUUGUGCAAAAGUGUUGAAAAGUGUGAAGAAAUUUGGGGAAAAAACAAAAGAAAGAAAAUUGCAUUAUGGAAGAAAAUUGAAAUUUUUUUUUUGGUUUUAAUAUGUUGAUUUAUUUUUCCUCUAUGCUAAAUAUUUAGAACAGAUUUGCAACAUUUGUCAAACUUAUUUGAUAAAUUUCAGAAGAGAUUGUUCCUAUGAAAGAGAAGGAUGAUUUUUUAAUUUUUCAGAAUUAAUUGGAUAUAUAUUAAAAUAAGUUUAAAAAAAAGAUCUGAUUUUUUUUCACUAUCCAUGUUUCCAUUGGUAUAUUAUUAAAAGAUCUAAUGAGCUUCUAUAUGACGUGGAAUAACUUAAUCAUGUCACCUGAAUGCUUUUCAAAAUUUAUUCAGGUAGUGAUCAGGAAGACAGAUUUGAAUAACAUCUUUACCUUGAAAUAUUUAUUAGAAAAUUGAACUGAAAAAUUAGGAAACUUUUAAAGAUCUAUAGUGUAGAGAUUGAUCCAUAUAAAGAAUUUAAUAAUACAUCUAUAUUUUUCUUUCAAAUUGUCUAAAGAUAAAUCUUAAUGAUGUUACAUCUAUAGAUAAUUUUUUCCAAAAUAUCAAAAAGAUGAAUUUUAAUAGGAAAAUCUGAAAGAUCUUUGUUAUAUUCUAGAGAUUGAUUUAUGUAAAAGGUUUUUAAUAUUACAAUAUAGAUUUUUUUUUCAAAUAUCGAAAAGAUAAAUUUUAAUAGGAAAAUCUGAAAGAUCUUUGUUAUAUUCUAGAGAUUGAUUUAUGUUAAAGGUUUUUAAUAUUACAUCUAUAGAUUUUUUUUUUCAAAUAUGGAAAAAGAUAAUUUUUUGGAAAAAGAUAAAUUUUAAUGGUUCGGGGACUAUGUAGAAUAUUUAAAUGACUGUACGUAAAAUGUUGAUGUCAUGUGUUUAAGGCAAUGGAGUAUUAGUAAGUAGUGUUUUUAUUAAGUAUUUGUAAUAUACUGAUAUUAUUUUCUCCCUACUCUUGAUGUAUUUGAAUCUUCAUUUGCAUAAGAGUUGGUCAGUUGAUGAGGCUGGGUUUUCAAAUUUUUAAAUUUUGCUGCAAGGUGAAAAAUUUCCAUAAGUAAUAAAAUGUUCUGGUAAAAAAUUUUAAUGUUCAGAAAAUAGACACUUAAAAUAAAAAAAGAUAAUAAAUAACUAUUAAAUGAUUUAUUCAAACUUCUAUGUGAAACUGAUCAACUCUUUGCAUCUUGACUGUUCAAAUUUAUAGAAAGGGAGAGAACUCUAAAAAUAGAUCUUAAGCUCUUUAUGCAUUCACAUUGUACAAACAGAAUGGUGUGUCUUUUAUAUACCACAAGAACAAACUAAGCGAUUGAUGGUUUGAAAUGAAACAAAACAAAAAUUUCUGUUAUACAUAUGAACAGUUUAAGAUCUAUGUUGAACUGACAAUAAUCUGAUAUUCUAUAAGAUCAUCUUUAGUUAUGAUAUAUGUGGUCUAAAGAUGUUAUAUAUGUGGUCUGUAUAUUAUAUAUGUGGUAUAUUAUAUAUGUGAUCUAUAACUAUUAUAUAUGUGGUGAAUAGAUCAUAAACAUGUAUGUGGUCUUAAGCUUUUAUAUAUGUCUAUAGAUUAUAUAUGUGGUCUAUAGAUUAUAUAUGUGGUUUAUAGAUUAUAUAUGUGGUCUAUAGAUUAUAUAUGUGGUCUAUAGAUUAUAUACAUGGUUUAUAGAUUAUAUAUGUGGUCUAUAGAUUAUAUAUGUGGUUUAUAGAUUAUAUAUGUGGUCUAUAGAUUAUAUAUGUGGUCUAUAGAUUCUAUAUGUGGUCUAUAGAUUCUAUAUGUGGUCUAUAGAUUAUAUAUGUGGUUUAUAGAUUAUAUAUGUGGUCUAUAGAUUAUAUAUGUGGUCUAUAGAUUCUAUAUGUGGUCUAUAGAUUAUAUAUGUGGUCUAUAGAUUAUAUAUGUGGUCUAUGGUCAGUAUCUCAUUGAAAUUCAAAUGCUAUUGUUCAGUCAGGUGGUAAGAAAAGUGUGAAAUACUGAAAGAACAUAAAACUAGCUGGGAUAAGCAGGUGAAUUACCACAUAGAUGUAUCUUGUUAUAAGGUAUAUCUAUAUCAGUGUAUUUUUUAAACACCUCUUGAAUCAACUGUUUAACAGGUUUUGACUAAAUAAGGUUAUAGAAAAUUGGCAAUGUACAUGUGUGUAAUGUAUGAGGAAUUGAGAUCUAUUUUUAGAAAAAUCUGAAACCGGUGUCAUAUAUCUUUUAGAUACAUUUAAUCAAGGUUACGUUUUUAUGAAAAUUUUUACGAUGUAUCUGCUCAAAAGCACGUUUUUUUUUAUAUAUUAAGAUUUCAGAGGUCGGAGUUCAAAAGGGGAAAAAUUAAUCUCCAAACCAAAGUAAAGUUUGGUCAUGAUAAAGAAAUGGAUUAAUGAUUAAUCUCUAAACUUAGACUUUUUAUUUUCGAGGCAAGGAAUGGAGUUUUUAGUAAUAAAUGUUAAAAAAAAAAAGUGAAACAACAUUUACUGUCACAGUAGCCUACUUUACACAUCAUGUUAUUUUUUUUCUCGAGACUAACUUGCAGUUUCGUCUUUUAAAACUUUCGGGACACUAGCACCACAUGCCUGGUCUUGGGUUUGAACCCUAAUUGGGUCACAACAAUGUUGCUUCCAAUGGAAUGGAGGUAUUAAGAAGACUGUAGAGUGGUUAGAUUUUUUAGACUUUAUCAAAUAUAUGGAAAUUGUACCAAAUGUCGACCAAUUCACUUUAAUCUAAAAUUUGGCUAGUGCAUUUUUCUACUAUGAAAUACAAGAAGCUAUGUGUCACUGGCGAACUUAAUAGAGAUGUUUGAUUAAUAUUGGAAUAUGCAGUUGAAUUAAUUGUUUUAAAGUGUCUAGAGAUUAUUUUGACAAGUUUGUUGUUUGAAUAAAUUUUCGCAAGUUGAACUCCACCUCUGUAAUCGUUCAUUUUUAUCUUCUGCAACUAUUUUUUUUUUUACAAGGGGUCUUUUUGAAACCCCUUUGAAGAAAUCUCGGUGUAUUUUGAGUAUUUUUUUUUAUUUCAGUAAAAAAAAGAUGUGAAAAUUUCAUGUUCAUGAUUUUACAAGACUGCAUUAUAUAACAUUUGGUUUUUAUUUUUUGCGUUGUGACAAACAUUUCUAUGUAAAGAAAAUCUUCGAGCAUUUUUAAGCAGUGAUCUGAGUUUUAAAAUAUUUUAUGCAUUUAUACGUGUUUUAAAGAUCUUUAUAUCAGCUACUGUUACUUAUAUGUUUUUAAAAUGCUUAAACAAAUUUACACUAGAAUGGCGGGUUCUGUCACUUUUUAAUAAAUUACUAUAGAGUUUUUAGGCGGAGAGAAAUUUGUGACUUUUUAACAUGAAAAAAGAUUGGGCAGAUAACUCUCCUUCUAAAAAUUGUUUCUGAUAACAGACUGAUUACCUCCCUUUUAUUAAGAUAUAUUUAUCAUUAUGUAUUUUUAUGAACACUGUUUUUUUCUGUUUAGCAAUCAUAUGAGCCGCGUCAUGACAAAACCAACAUAAUGGGUUUGCGACCAGCAUGGAUCCAGACCAGUCUGCGCAUCCGUGCAGUCUGAUCAGGAUCCAUGCAGUUCGCUUACCAACUCUAUUACAAGUAGAGAAACUGAAAGCGAACAGCAUGGAUCCUUUUCAGACUGCGCGGAUGCGCAGGCUGGUCUUGAUCCAUGCUGGUUGCAAACCCAUUAUGUUGGUUUUGUCAUGACACGGCUCAAUUAUGUUACAAUGUUUUAUGAUUUUAUUUUUUAUGUCUUACAAGUGAGAAAUCAUCUUAACAUGAAUAUUAUGUGAUGUCAAAUGUUUCUUGAUUGAAUCUUUAGAAAACUAAACUAUUCAUUUCUCUUGAAUGUUAGGAAACUUUACUUUAUUUUCCUUUAUUUUUUUGACCCAAAAUCUUUUAAAUUUUUUAAUUUAUUUGACCAACAAUCUUAAAAAUACUUUUUCUUUCGAUUUUUUUCGAAAUUUUAUUUAAGUGAAGGCAAUAUGGGCAAGGUAAUAGAUGUUUUGAAUCAAUACCACAAAAUGUGCGUAAUAAGUGAAUGGAAAUUGAAGAAAAAACAAACAAAAACAAUUCUGCCAAAAAUAAAAACAGCUGCCCAGUUUUGUAUGAUUAUUUUAUAUGUAUAGAAAAAUUAAAGCACAAAAGCUGGUAAAAAA